AUGAAUAGAGAACCAGCAAACAAUUCAAUGGGCUUCUACAAGGAAGCAUGUGCACCAGUAUAUUGCAGAGAUAUCACUUACAAGAAAGUCACUGGUGUACUUGGUAAGUUACGGGGGAGACUUAUUGUCACAUUCUUAUGGUGUUUCCUUAACGUGGCUUUUUACACUUUUGUGGCUUUCGGUUUCUGGUGGUUAAACAUUUUCGACGAGGAAGGGAGGAUUAGACCUUUGGCAUUUAUAAUCUGUCUAUCGAUUCCUGCUUUCGCCGGAUUAAUUUUCUUCAUAGUUGUUUGUAGUAUCGCAACAGUAGUUACAGUAUUAGAAAAGGAUUAUGGUGGAAGAGUUAUGGCAAAGAGUAUGGUGGUACUGAUUAUGGGUAAGAUAUGGGUUUCUUGUACUGUCUUUGGUUUGCUUGGAAUCGCAUUGACUGGUAUAAUUUUCAUGUUCUGUUACCUGGUGGUCUAUGGAAACAAAAUGAGUUUGGUGGGUAAAGUAUUUGUGGGAAUUGGUUGUCACUUGUUGUUGGCUGUUUGGAUUCAUUUCUUGCUUGUUGUUCAAACCGUGGUUUACUUCGUCUGCAAAUCUCACCACAACGAAGACGUAUCUACUGUUGGGACUCACUUAGAGAUCCCUGUGAUACAUUUGGGUAGGGAGAUAAAAGACGUUCAGUUAGAGCGAGUACCUGCAGUUUGA